GGGCGCCUCUCCUGUAGGGAGCGGGAGGACGGGCAAAACUUUGCUCCCCGGCGGUGGCGGAGAGGCACAAGCGGCCGCUGAGGCCAGGGCUGCCAGCAUGGGCCCCGACGCUUUGCAGUUCGGUGCCUACAGCGGGGCGGCCGCCGCCGCCCUGCUCCUCUGGGCUGUGUGCGUGCUCUGCAGGAGGAAAAGGAAGACUGGAGAGCCCCCGCUAAUAAAUGGCUGGAUUCCUUACCUUGGGAAGGCUUUGAUUUUUAGAAAAGAUGCUUUCAAAUUCUUACUGGACCAACAAAAGAAACUUGGAGAUAUUUUCACUGUACAUAUUGCUGGUAGAUAUAUUACCUUUAUUAUGGACCCAUUUCAAUAUGUCUAUGUCAUCCGAAAUAGCAAGCAACUUGAAUUUCAUGAAUUUGCUGAUAAAAUGGCUUCCAAAACUUUUGACUACCCAGCCUUGUCGAAUGGAAAAUUCCCCGAUCUCAAGGAAAACCUGCACAGAAUCUACCAGUACCUACAAGGCAAGCCUUUGGAUGUCAUUUCUGACCACAUGAUGAAAAAUCUCCAGGAUAUAUUUGAAUGGAAAUGCUCACAAGCAACAGAUUGGGAAACAGAAAAAAUGUACAAAUUCUGCUGCUCUGUAAUGUUUGAAGCCAGUUUUGUAACACUAUAUGGAAGAGUUCCUGCUGCAGAUGGCCACAAAGUUAUUAGUGAAAUCAGAGACAAAUUUAUCAAGUUUGAUGCCAGCUUUCCCUAUUUAGCUGCAAACAUACCAAUUGAGUUGCUAGGAGCUACCAAGAAGGUUCGGAAGGAGCUUAUACAUCAUUUUUUACUUCAGAACAUGACAAAAUGGCUGGGAGGGUCAAAAGUGGUCCAAGCCAGACAAGAUAUAUUUGAGAAAUAUGAGCUGCUUGGAGAUUAUGACAAAGCAGCACAUCAUUUUGCCUUCCUGUGGGCCUCUGUGGGAAACACGAUUCCAGCUACAUUCUGGGCCAUGUAUUAUCUUCUGCGGCACCCAGAAGCUCUUGCAGCGGUGCGUGACGAGAUUGACCAUUUGCUGCAGUCAACAGGUCAGAAGAGAGGGCCCAGGUAUAACAUCCACCUCACCAGAGAACAAUUGGACAACCUGGUCUACCUAGAAAGUGCCUUAAACGAGAGUUUACGGAUGUGCUCGUCCUCCAUGAACAUCCGCAUCAGCCAGGAGGAUUUUGUUCUCAAGCUUGAAGGGAAUCAAGAAGUCAGUUUGAGGAAAGGAGACUGGAUAGCCCUUUACCCACAGAUUUUGCACAUGGACCCUGAGGUCUAUGAAGAUCCUAAGGAGUAUAAAUUUGAUCGAUACAUAGAGAAUGGCAAGAAGAAAACCACAUUCUACAAGGCAGGAAGAAAGCUGAAGUAUUUCCUAAUGCCCUUUGGCUCUGGGAUCAGCAUGUGUCCAGGGAGGUUCCUUGCAAUGAAUGAGAUGAAGAUGUUUCUUUUCUUACUGUUGGCUAAUUUUGAUGUAGAACUAGCAGAAAACAAAGCUGUCAGACUUGAUAACAGUCGUAUGGGCCUUGGUAUCCUCCUGCCAGACGUUGAUACUGCCUUUCGUUACAAGCUAAGGCCCUGAAGAAAGUGAACGGCUGCCUCUAUGCCUUCUACUAAUCCCCAUGUUUGCUCUGUUUCAUCACUCAGCUUUGUAUGUUUGGAAGCAUUUCUUUUCCCCUCUCUGCUUUACCUAUUUGUUUCUAAGGAGAAAAGCCCUUAGGCUGGAGGUAGGUAUCAGAUGAGGGGACAGGAAACCUGAAUUUGUCCUGCCUGAGUUGCAGCUGGUGAGGUGAGGUGACAAGAGUUUGGCCAAGUAAAUAGCUGUGUCCCUAGAAGAUGGACUCCCAUAAAUGAGUAGGAUUUACAGGGAAGACAACAUCAAGCUGAAUCCAGGACAUUUAUAUGAGAAAUAAUCUCAUCAGUCCUCUGUCACAGAGGUUCCCACUUGUUAAAUUGGAAGGUCCCAUACAUCCACCAUCUGGAGGCAUCUCUGCAUCUGCUCAUAGAAGCAAGAAAGGGGGAAUUAAUUCUAGAGGGUAAAAUAGUUUUUAGUAGCUAUUAUUAAAACCUUGUGUUUACACUGUUCCCUUCGUGGUCUUUAGUGUCAUAGCCCUUAUUUGGGAGAUGUGGUGGAAGCUGUAUGGUGUGGUCAUGGAUGGUUUGCAAGAAUGGCUUAUUAGCAACACAUUUCUGACUUCAAUUUUAUGUAUUGAGGGUGAAUGCUUCCCUUUCCUUUCUUUUUUUUUUCAAUGCAAAGAAACCAAAAUCUGUGGUUUUAUCCUGUAGUCAUUUAAAGUCAGAAGGAACAUUCCUUUGAUUUUAAUAGGCUCUGGAUCAAGCCUAAAUUAUGUAUUCUGGCUUUUGAGCCAAAAAAGUAUAUUCUUUGUAUGAUCCUUUUUGAAAUUAUCAUCUCAAAAAUUGCCUUCUGCUUGUCUCACUGUUUUCCUGGUAUGUUGCUAGUCCAUGUGUUUAUUUUGAUCUUUUCAUGUGUUUGUUUCCCCAGAAAGGUAAAAGAAGAAGAGGGCUUCAAGGGCAAAUACAGUAUCUAAAACUACUUUUUAAUAGUGUUUAACUGAGCCUAGGUUAUUCAUAUGCAAAACAGUGUGAUCAGUGUUUGGAAACAGACAUGUCCAUCUGCAAACUGGAAAACAGGCUUUCCCCUGAGGCCAAAAUUUGAGCAAGUGAAACCCUGGGCAGCCACUGAAAUCACCUGUAUACUGGCUGCCCAACGUGCUUUGCUGGGUGACCAGCUCUUUUUUCAAAAAGGAAUUUCCUAGUGCACAGGAUCAGAGAUUUUUAGACCCUGUCUCUCUUCCCAGUCAUCACUUCCCACCCUGAUGAGGAUUCUCAUGGCUGUCCAGUCUCAGUUUGCCAAGAUGAUAAUUGCAAUGGGAGAGUAGCCAUGUCUGUGGGCCUUGCCUUGUGUUCCCAAAAAACAUCUCUCUUUGGGAUGUGCCAGCAUAAGUCUUUUAAAAUCAGAAGUUUUACUCAUCUCUAAAGCCCUUGAUAGCCUGCAGAUGGAAACUGCUACAUACAUAGUAAGGACUAGAAUUAUUGUUAUUUGGGUAGAAGCCUAUUUAGUUAUUCAUGUAAAGCACAUACCCUAAAUAAGCAUCCGCAUCGCUAGAAAGGCUUUCAGAUAUUAGCACAGCCAUCAUCCAAAUCCUUUGAGGAGAAAAUUGUGGUUUUGUAAGAUAUAUUGAACAAACAUUUUCUCUUCAUAUAUAAUACCAAUAAUGUCUACAGUGUUAGAGUACACUUACAUUAAAUGGGCUUUGCAGUUGAUUAAAGGUUUUAACUUUGCUUCAACAGUUAAUCAACAGCAAAAGCUGAUUAUUGCUUUGUGCCACAGAAUAAAAUUUGUUCUUAUGGAGAGAUUCUUGUACUCAAGUUACUUACUGCUGUAGUUACUCUGUAGGAGCUAUUCUGUACUCAGCCAUAGCUCACAAUCCAGUUUGGACAUUAGAGCCUGGUUUAUUGUGAGAGAAAAUGUUGAUAUCAUUACACUGUUUACUGUAUUCCAUUAUUGCUUAAAUGUAAGCUGUAAAAUGUCUCAUGCCAGAGCUAUGAUAAAUCUUUCUUUGGCAUCCAACUUUGAAACAAACCUGAAGCAACUGAAAAAAUAACAGUAAACAGUAGGUAUUUGUUUUAAACAGAAGAAUUUUUUUUUAUAAUUGUGUUCUAUUUUUAGGAUUUUGAAUUUGAGUGUCACAGGCUGCUGCAUAAUUUGGUAGGACAUAAUAGGACUGUGCCAAAAGUACAUGCAAAUCAUUAGUAAUUUCAGAUUAAUUGCUGAUCGGUUUAUACAAUAUCUAUUUUGGAAUUAAAUGAAGAGCUAGAUUGUCUCCAAAAUAGCAAAUCAAAACUGCAGGGCAGGCUUCCAUUAAAAAAAAAAAAAAAAAAAGAAGGGGUUAGAGUCUUUCCCAGGCACUGCAGGAAGCCUCCAUGAAGUCACUUGGAGGCCUUGCACUGGGGCUGGAGAGCACUCUGUGCACCACACUAAAGGCCAGCAUUUUGCUGGGGUAAGAGUUCAUUGCUCUUUUUACUCAAGGACCAAAAUAAUCAAACACAAAGAAGAUCUUGUCCAGCUUGUCAUGGAGCUGAGUUCCUGGUAACUUAUUCUUCUGGCAGAUCAGUUUUGCUGGUAAUCAGUGCAUCACUGCCUUAGCAUGCCCCAGCCUCACCCCCAUAUAAAGUCCUGAGAGCCAGAGCAGGACAGAAGAAAGGUUAAGCCCUUCUGGUUCACGUGCUUAGCA